CAAAUUAAGAGGUUACUGAGUUCUAUUGCUUUUAAGCUAAACAGCUCCAUGAGUUUUGACAGAUGAAUGGGCAAGGGAGGAACCGUCGCUUAUGGAUUGUGGCCGAAGCCUCUCUACAGCCAUCGCUAAUGUCCACUGAGACCGUGAGCUCUCGUAAUUUCUGUUCAGAAACGUUGUUUCCAUCCGUCGUCGUGCUAUUUCUCCUCCUUUGAACCGCUGCCAUCGACGAUGAAUUCGACGGCGCUUCUGCAGCUUCCGUUUCCUGGAUAUGGUACCACCGCUCUACCCUGCCACCAAGCCCCCCAGCCUAGAACCCCUUUAUUUGUUCUUUAUUCCAAAUUAAUUUAUCGGAAGAAUGGGCCUCAGAUUCUCAGAUGCCAAUCGACUACUACAGAUGAAAAUAAAGUGAAUUCAUUGUCCAGUUCUAAUGAAGAAUCUAAAGUGAAAAGAAAUCUUCUUGACAAUGCAAGCAAUCUUCUUACAAACAUCUUAAGCGGUGGAAAGCUAGGAUCUAUGCCGAUUGCUGAAGGUGCUGUGACAGAUUUGUUUGGUCGGCCCCUAUUCUUUAAGCUGUAUGAUUGGUUUUUAGAGCUUGGUUCGGUUUACAAACUUGCAUUUGGACCAAAAUCAUUUGUGGUGAUCUCUGAUCCUAUUGUUGCAAGACAUAUUCUUAAAGAAAAUACAUUUUCCUAUGACAAGG